CAGUUUAUACUCUUAGGCUGAGCAUCAGCUUGCUCCAGGGAAUACAGUGUGGUCUGAUCAGUCAGUGUUUACAGUGCGGUCGGUUCAGCGUGCUGCAGUGUGCACAGUUUGGUCGGAUCAGUGUGUACAGUGUGGGCGGGUUGUCGCUGAGUAGAUCAGGAAGAAUGAACGCGCUGCUAGCGGAGGAACGCGCUGUGCGUAAAUAAAGCGCAUGAGCAUCGGGAGUCGAUAUGUGAUUGACAUCACCAGAGCUGUGGACGGAACAAACGGCCCCAAAACCAGUCGCCAGAACGCAGCCAUGAUAAAUAUCACGUCCACCGCCUCCACCCCCCUGACCUCCGUCACACAGAACAGCUCCAACUCCACCGCCGCCCCUGGCUUCAUCGACCAGAUCCUGCAUGACCUUCCCUUUCCACUCUGGGUGCUGUAUGCCAUCCUGGCCGCGGGGGGGCUGGUGAUCCUGGUGGUCAUCUGCCUCUGCAUCUGCUGCUACUGCAAACGGAAGAAGAGCCGCAAGAAGAAGAAGCAGCAUCAGCUGGAGCUGAAGGGGCUGGAGGCGGCGAGCGGCGCCGCGCUGGUGGGCUCCGGCAGUGAUGAUAACAGGUACGGCUCCAACCAGAAGAAGCGAGGGAAGCUGCUGUACUCUCUGGACUACCAGGCCACCAAGACCGAGCUGACGGUGGGCAUCAAGCAGGCGGCCGAGCUGAUGGCCAUGGACCUGGGGGGGUCCUCAGACCCCUACGUGAAGGUCUACAUCUCCCCCAGCAGGACAAAGACCUACGAGACCAAGGUCCACCGCAACACGCUCAAACCUCUGUUCAACGAGCACUUCACCUUCCAGGUGACGAGGAGCGUGCUGGCCGCGUCGGUGGUGGUCAUGCAGGUGUUCGACUUCGACAGGUUCUCCAAACACGACAUCAUCGGGGAGCUGAGGGUGGACCUCAGCUCUGUGGACUGGAACCACGUGAUCGAGGAGUGGCAGGACCUCAGCGACCCCCUCAAGUGUGAGCCUGAGGACCUAGGAGAGAUCUGCAUCUCUCUGCGCUACGUGCCGGCGGGGGGCCGUCUGACGGUGGUUGUCCUGGAGGCCAGGAACCUUAAGAGCAUGGACCUGGGAGGGUCCUCAGACCCCUAUGUGAAGGUCCAGCUGGCUCUGGACAAGAAGAAGUGGAAGAAGAAGAAGACCUCCAUCAAGAAGAAGACGUUGAACCCGUACUUCAACGAGUCGUUCUCCUUCGACGUCCCCUUCGACCACAUCCAGCGGGUCCACCUGGUGGUGUCGGUGUGGGACCACGACGCGGUGUCGCGGAACGACACCAUGGGGAAAAUCUUCUUGGGCUCGGACGCGUCGGGGAACCAGCUGAUGCACUGGGCCGACAUGCUGGCCAACCCCCGCCGGCCGGUCGGCCAGUGGCACACGCUGCUGACCGCCGAGCAGGUCAACUCCACCCUGGUGCUGAAGAAGAAGCUGGCCCUGCCCAAGAUGAUCAGCAGGCAGCGCUGAGGGGUCCUCGUCCCCCGGGGUCCCCCG